CUAUUUAAGGUGGGAUUUUAUACAGUAAAGAUGGCUUCGCAGUCGGAUUUAGCUGAAGCUCUUGAAUGGUUUGAUUCUCAACUAAAAGACAACAUUAAGUUUUGGAUGAGCAACUCAAUUGAUAAUAAGAACGGUGGAUACUACACCUGCCUCAGCUACAGAGGAGAAGUUUAUGACACUUUAAAGUAUUGCUGGCUUCAAGGGAGACAGGUUUGGAUGCUGGCUAAACUCUACAAUGAAACAAAGGAAUAUCACAAUCAUGAUAUACUUGAUGCAGCCAUUCAAGGUGGAGAGUUUCUGUUGAAAUAUGUAAAAGUUAAAGAUGAGCUCAGGUGUUAUUUUAUUGUCACUGAAGACGGUAAACCAGUUAAGCUCCAGCGUAAACCUUACACUGAAUGUUUCUAUACUAUUGGACUCAUUGAACUGUACAGGGCAACAUCAAACAUCAAAUAUGAGGUUGCUGCAGAAGAGAUGCUCCAGCAGCUAAUACACUGGAUUUGUGUUGACGACAGUGGCCUUGGAAUGCCAGCAUUGUCUGGUGCUCUGCCCACUAGACAGUUAGGAUAUCCUAUGAUGUUGUUGAAUAUAUUGACUGAGUUUUGUGGCAACGAGGCCGAGAAAAGAGAGAAAUAUUCCGAGCAGUUCAAGUGGAGCGUUGAAGCAAUUCUCAAACAUGAUGAUGGAAGAUGGAUACAUGAGUAUGCUUUAGAAAGCGGUGGGUUUCCCGAAGGCUGUCAAGGAAGAUUGUCAAUACCUGGUCAUGCUAUAGAGGCAGGUUGGUUUCUGCUACAGGAAGCACUCACAAAAGGUGAUGUUGAACUUCAAGAUAAAGCCAUCAGGCAAUUCAUAAAGAGACCCUCAGAAUAUGGCUGGGACAAGGAACAUGGAGGAUUCUUUUACUAUCUCGAUUGUGGUAUAAAUUGGUUUCCUACCCAAUUGGAAUGGAACAUGAAGCUUUGGUGGGUGCACUGCGAAGCAUUGAUUGCUUAUUUGAUGGCAUACAAAGUAACAAGUGAUGACUUCUACUGGGACUCCUUUAAAGCAACUUUUGACUACGUUUGCUCUCAUUUUCCUGAAAAAAUGUUUGGUGAGUGGUAUGGCUACCUGAACAGAGAAGGAAAAGUUAAUCAGGACUUCAAAGGAGGACCUUUUAAAGGCUGCUUCCAUGUCCCACGUGCUCUGUUUCUUUGUCGUAAGCUCCUUACUGAGAUGACCACCAAGGACAAUGUGGAAACUAAAAAAAGAAAAAAAAAUUAAAAUGAUUUUACUCUUCUUA